AAUUUCAUGAAUUUUUUUUCGGUUUUAUUUUAUGCACGAGGAAUCAUUCUGUAAAUUGAAUCCGUUCAGAACGUCAAAUCAUAUGGUUUGUUGUAAAAAUCACAUCAUCAUCAUUAUUUAAACUGGAAGAACAAAACAAAAGCAUGCAUUUGGUUUUAAUUCAAAGAAUUUUAAUGACCAACAACGACGAUUGAAAACAACCAAGAAUUUUAUCGAUAUUCUGUGUCUCUGUGUGUGUAUAUUUACCAAUUUUAUCGUUUGGAUCGAUCACAACGUUUGCCAUUUUUGUUGUUGUUGUUGUUGUUGUUCGUCUGCCAUAUAUAAAUGUCCAUUUGAUAUACAUCAACAAUAUUAUUAAUAACUAUAUAAUAAUUACGAACAAACAAACAAACAAUGAUGAUAAUAUUGUAGAGCAGAUUGUUUGUUUAUUUCCUCUGUGUGUGUGUGUGUUUGUAUAUGUUUCUUUCUCAUAUUUUCGAUCUAUCAAUCAUCAACUUUGUUUUACCUGUGCUGAAUUUAUUUGAUGAAAAAUGCAUUUUUUUAUUUUUGUCGUCUGAAAUUAACUGAAAAGUAUCAUAUUUCUUUCUUUCUUUUUUUAAUCGACAAAUCAAUUAUCAUUCAUUUGAUACUUCAUCUAUGUAAAUGAUAAAGACAUUAAAUGUUCUACUACUGAAAUGGAUGAUGGAGGUCGAUGUCUUCUCGAUGUCAUCAAUGAUCCUCAAUUAUUACAAUCAUUUUUGGAAAAUAAUAGUAAUAAUAACAAUACAGCACAACAGCAAACAAAUUCAAAUUCAUUAUCGACAACUUCAACAUCGAAUGUUGUUGUUGUUUCUUCGGCUUCGGCAGCGGCGGUGGCAUCAAAUGCCACCAUUAUCAGUGCACCAUCGAUUGUUCAACCACCACCACCAUCACUAUCAACAACUUCUUCUUCAUCAAUUAUAAUUAAUCAGAAUAAAAAUGAUUCUGUUUUCAAUACUGCAACGACAAUCGAUCAAUUGUCAGCGCCAUCAUUAUCAUCUAUGGUUGCAGCAACAACAACGCAACCGAUAAUCGUACCAAAUAACAAUAAUAAUAAUGGAAUUAUUAAUCCAAUAAUAACGAUUCCAAAAACAUUAGCGUCACAAAUUCUUGUUGCAAAUAAUAAUAAUCAAUUGAUGGCGUCCAAUAUUGCGGCAACAACAACAACAACAACACCAACAACAAAUAAACCAGUAAGAGCUAGAAAAUCUACUGCCGUUGCAACUAAAUCAAAUUCAAAUUCAUCAUCGAAAUCGAUGAAAAAUCAACAAAUGACAAAUUUGACACCAUCAACAACACCAACAUCGAUAUCAUCGAUUUCUGGUAUUCUGGGUUCUUCAAAUAUAGCAACUAGUAUUGCAUCAAAUACAUUGGUUGCUGCUACACCAACAUUUCUUAAUUCUACUACCGGUCUUAUACCAAUAACUUCACUUGCUACAACUGGUGUUGGUGGUGGUGGUGGUUUACAAGGUUUGAUUUUUGCCGGAUCACAUUUAACUCAUACAAAUGCAACAUCAAAUGUUCAAUCAAUAAGACAUCCAUCAACAUUUGUUUCUUCACCACAAUUUCAAUUAGGUCCAAGACCACCAAUGACUGUACUACCUCAACCAUUUAUAUUACCUGGCGGUUUACAGCUAGCUACAAAUGGAUCAAAUAAUCAACAACAAUUUGUAUUUGCAAGGCCUUCAUUAACACAUCAACAACAUCAAACAACCGGGCCACAAUUAUUACAGAUAAUUCAAACAUCACAAGGUCCACAAUUAAUUGCACAGGCACCAUCAACGGCACCAAUACAAACAAUUGCAACAUCGAACCAUAUUCAAACUAUCAAUGUCCAACAACAACAACAACAACAAACAUCAACAGUAUUGACGCCAACAACAACAUCAGCUGCCAUAAUAACAAAAAAUUCCAAAGGUUCUAAUAAACAAAUAUUACCAAAACCUAAUUCGGCAAAAAAUUCAAAAACAAAUCAUCAACAGAAUCAGAAUCAGAAUCAGAAUUUGAAUAAUUCACAAAACAUAAAAUUCAUUCAAGCGCCAGCCAUUGGUGGUACGACAAAUCCUUUUUCAACAUCAACAAAUCCGAAUGCUACACAAUUUUUAAUUGGUGGUGGUGGUGUUAGUGGUGGUAUUCAUCAAAAUCAUCAACCACAACUGAUUGCCGGACCAAAUGGUACAUUUUUUUUAUCAAAUAAUAAUAUUUUACAUACAAAUACUGGUGGUCCAACACAAUUCACACAACAACCACAAUUCUUAUUACAAAAUCAACAAUUAUUAGCAAUUAGACCAUCAGCUGGUACUGGUUCAUUAGCCGGACAAACAUUUUUGGUUAAUCCAAAUGCAUUGACGACUGCCGCAAAUAAUCUGAAUAAUAAUAAUAAUAAUAAUGAUCAAUUAAAUCAAUUGACAAUUCCUCAAUCAUCAUCGAUUAUAAAUACAAAUAAAUCAUCAAAUAUUACUCAUGCAACAUCUUUGAAUCAUAUCCUAUUGAAUCAGAAUACUAAUACUACACCAAUUGUUAGUCAAGCAAGUCAAGGAUUAACAGCAUUUCGGCAUACUGGACAUCAUCAACAACAACAGGCACCAGGUAAUCUAAUAAUUAGGCCACAAAUAAUUGGACAACAACCAUUACCACCAACAUCAUUAUCAUCAUCAACAACGACUACUGUAAAUAAUAAUUCUACACCGCAAUUAAUACAGAUACAAACACCGAAUGGACCAAUAUUACUUUCGGUUAAUUUAAAUUCAUCACAACAACAACAACAACCGUCACAACCUCAGAUACAGCAACCACCAGCGCCACAGCCAUCACCUCAAACGAUUCAAAUUGAUAAUACGUUAUAUUCAUUAACAACAAAUCCGGUUAAUCAACAGCAACCGACGACAUUGAAUCUUGGUGGUGGCGGUGGUGGUGCGGCAACAUUAUCACAAACGAUACUCACAAAUCAAACACAUAAUCAACAACAGCAGCAGCUUUUAACACAUCAUCAUCAACAACAGAAUUUUUCAUCAAACCAACAACUCCACCAACAACAGACAAUUCUGUCUUCAUCGAAUAAUAAUCAAAAAAAUCAAACAACAACAAUAACGAAACCAAAAACACAGAAUCCCACAAAAGGCCUUAAUCUAGCUGAUCUCCUUAAAGAAACUGGUAUAUUAACUGAAUUUAGUCCACCAACAUCACCCAUAUCGAUUACUCAAACAAAAGAUAAUAAUAAUAGUGCCAAUGUUUUGAUUGAUCCAUUAACAAGAAUAUCAACACCAUCAUCACAAUCACAAACAAUAUUGAUGGUAUCGAAUUCAAAUAAUAAUUUGUCCACAACAGCAACAACUACAAAUGCAGUAGCAGCAGCAGCAAAUACUGCAUUAGCUCCAUCAUCAUUACAAUCACAAACACAACAAUUAAGGAUAUCAUUAACACCUGAUGGAACAAUUGUAUUAUUAUCACCAAAUUCAAAUACAUUAUUACCAACAAUUCAACAACAACAACAACAAGGUAUAAAUAAUUUGACUGCCACAACGAUAAUUGGUCAAACGAAAAAUACGAAUAGUAAACAACAACAACAACAAACAGUUGUAAAUGAUUCAAGUGGUCUUGGAUCAUCACAACCAUCACCAGAUUCAACAACACCAAGUAUCGAUACUGGAUCAUGUUCAUCACCAUCUACCGUUGUUACAACACCACAAUCGUUAUCAACACAAACGAUUAAAAAUAUAAACAGUAUUGAUUCAAAAACAUUGGACAAUAAUACUGUUGAUGAUACUGUUGUAUCAAGUUUAUCUUCAACAAAUCAAUCAUCAUUGAAAACAUUAACAUCAUCAUCAUCAUCAUCAUCAACGACAACAACAACAACAUGUACAGCCGAUACUAGUUCAAUUAAUCAAUCGAUAAAACCUAGUCAUUUGAUGAAUAAUACUUCAUUAGUUUUAUCACAACAGCCAACAUUACCUUUAAUGACUAAUAAUCAAACAACAACAACAACAACUUAUACAACAAUUUUAAUUCCAGGAACAAUAAUGUUUUUGAAUGAUAAACGUAUACCGAUUGCAACAUUAAAUCGUACAAAUCAAAUUAAUGAAUUGAUGCAACGUUUAGAUAAUCAUAUUAAACAAAAUAUUUUACAACAACAACCAAAAGAUUUACAACAAGAAUUACAACAAUUACAGCAAACAUUAUUAUUGAUACAAUCACAACCGAUUAUACCGAGUCAAAUACCACAGGUAAAAAUUUCGGAUAAAAUAGCACAAUUAUUACAGGUAUCAACAUGGGCUACACAAUCAACACAAAUCAAAACAUCACCACAAACAAUUGCUGCCGUUGUUAAUCAUCAUCAAUCAUCGAUUGGAACAACGUUAACGACGACAACAACAACAACAACAACUACCACAUCAAUAACAACACCUACUACAGUAAAAUUUGUUCUUGGUCCUAAAAUCAAUUCAAAUUCCCUACAAUUAGUACAUUCGAUUCAGAAUUCUAGUCCAAUAAUUCCAUUAUCAUCAUCAUCAUCAUUAUCAUUGCCAUCAACGACUGCAAAACAAGCGACAACCGUUACAGCAACAGAUUCGAUACAAUCACCGGAUAUAAAAACACAAAUUACAACAUCACCAUCACCAGUGAUAACAACACCGAUCAUUGUUAAACAGGAAAAACCAAAAUCCAAUAUUCUUAAAGCGAUACAAUCACAAUUACAUGCCGAUCAGAAUACUGCUUUACAUCCGGAUUGUCGUACACCGUUUCGUUCACGUGAUGAUGCUUGUAAACGUUUAUUACGAUAUCAUGUAUUUGAUCAACAACAAUUUUCGGAAAAACAGUUGCAAAAAUUUGAUGAACUUUUUGAACAAGCAUCACAAACAUUAUUAUAUAAACGACAACAACUUUAUGAUAAAUUUCGUUAUCUAAUUAUAAAAGAUAGUAUGAAAUAUUCACCUUCAUGCGAACAGGUAAUGGUUAAUCGUAUAAUUAUUGAUGAAGAAAAUGCUGCAUUAAAAUCUGAUAAAGAAUUGGUUGCAUCCGGUGGAAUGUUAGAUUUACCACCUUUACCUGAAACUUGGCUUGAAGAUUCACUACAACAACAACAAGAUAAUCAUAAAAAUGAUGAAGAAAAUAUUAGACAAAAACAUUCAUUAUUUGAUACGGAUGAAUUGAUGAAUGUAGAUUAUUUUGAUAAUAUAACAUUGAAACGAAAAUUUGAAGAAGAUAAUUCUGCGGCAGAUUUUCUUCUAGAAUCAGCGACAACGACGACAACAAAUUUAUUUACCACCACUUCAUCUGAACUUAAUUCCGAUUUGAAUGCAUUAUGCGAUAUUUUUGACGAAGAAUCUAUAGCCAAUCCAACAUCGAUAAAGAAUGAUGAUGAUAAUGAUGAUGUUGAUAAAUUAAUUAAAUUACAUUCACCAAUCGAUACGAAUAAUGAUUCGGAUUUUCUUGGAAUAGAUGGUUUGAAUGAUCAUAAUAAUGCUGAUGAUGAUGAUAAUGAUUCAUUAUUAAGAUGUAAUAAUCAAAAUUUUGAUGAUUCUAAUCGAGCCAUAACUGAUGUUGAUGAUGAUCUUGAAGCAUUAUAUUCAAAUAUUACCGAUACAAGUGAUUUGAUUGGUAAUAAUCAAAAUUCAUUAUUAUGGCCUAAUGAUUCUAAUCAUAAUCAUCAUCAUAUGCUUAAUUCGACAACUGAUUCGUUAUCAUUAUCACAUAAUCAUCAUCAUCAUCAUAGAAAUCAGGAUCAUUUUCUUGGUCGAUCCAUAUCAACUGGUGGUGGUGGUAGUGGUGGUGGACAAUCAUCAUUAUCAUGGUCAACACGUUCAUAUGGUAAUGUUAAUGAAACGGAAGCAGCUGUAGCUGUACAAUCUAUUAUUGGUGGUAAUGAUGAUAAUGAUAUACCUACCGAAGAUCAUAAUAAUGAUGGUACUAUGGAUUUUUCUAGCUUAGAAUUAUCGGAUAAUGUUCAUGGUGGUGAUACUACAACAGCCACAUCAAAUAAUCAUUUUGAUAAUGAAGAUCUUUUUCCAAAUGAUCAUCAAUCAUUCGAUGAUAAUGUAAGAGAAUCCAGUACGGCCAUUGAUACAACGAAUUUUAUUCAAAAUUCAAUGACCAAUAAUAAUAAUAAUACAUCUGCUGCUGAUAUGCAGAUGAAUUGUGCCAUCAAAAGUAUAAUGAUUGCUUCUGAUUCUUAUCAUAUCAACAAUGAUAAUAUGUCAUCAUCAUCAACAUCAUCAUUAAAUAAUGAAUUAUCAUAUCAACAUCAAAAUCAUCAUCAUCAUCAACAACAAACAUCAAUGAUGUUAACAACAUCAACAAUAUCAACAUCAACAAACAUGAUGAAUCGUUUUUCAUCAUCAAACAAUUCAAUGAUGAUGAUGAAUAGUUUUAGUGUACCAUCAACAAUGUCACAUGUAAAUGAUCCAAUGUUGGAUGAAGCUGUCAAAAGUAUUCUAUAACAAAAAAGAACUCAUCAAUUUUGACUAUCCAAAUUAAAAACAACUAAACUGUGAUCUAUAACAAAAAAAAAAUUAUGUUCUCAA